UUUCUGCUGAGGUCAUGAUGGAGGGAGUCACAGUACGAGUCGGCCUUCUUGGACUGGUGCUGGCCUGCGUUACCACAGCAAUGGCCAAUAAGAACAGGGACUGGGACAUCUACAGCUUUCACGUCAACUCCACAGUGACCAGUCGCUAUGCGACCACUAUUAUCACCAGUCGUGUGGCCAAUCGGAUGGACCAGUCACAGGAAAUAGAAUUCCAUGUCAAAAUUCCCAAGAUGGCCUUCAUCAGUAAAUUCAAAAUGACCAUUGAGGGCCAGACGUAUGAUGGGGUUGUGAAACAGAAGGAGGAGGCUCAGCAGCAAUACACUCAGGCAGUGUCUCGUGGCCAAAGCGCUGGCAUAGUCAGUUCUGUGGGGAGGACCCUUGAGGAGUUUAAGACGUCUGUGACUGUGGCCGCUCUCAGUAAGGUCACCUUUGAACUGACGUAUGAGGAGCUGCUGAAACGCCGACUGGGCAAGUACGAACUGCUGAUCCACGCUCGACCCAUGCAGCCUGUCGCUGACUUCAAGAUUGACGUGUACAUCAAUGAGCGACCAGGCAUUAACUUCCUGGAGAUUAAAGGAGGGCUGAGCACCAAAGAGCUGGCUAAUGCCAUCACCAAAACACACGCUUCUAGUGAGGCCUGGGUACAUUUCUACCCAAGCAAGGAGCAGCAGAGUCAGUGUGACAGCUGUGGAGAACAGGGCCUGAACGGAGACCUGGUCAUUGUCUAUGACGUCCACAGGAACACAUCCAUGGGAGAGCUCAAGGAGUCAAAAGGGUAUUUUGUCCAUCACUUUGCUCCCAGUGACCUACCACGCAUACCAAAGAAUGUAGUGUUCAUCAUCGAUCGGAGUGGCUCCAUGCAUGGGAGGAAAAUGAAGCAGACCCGUCAGGCCUUGUUGAAGAUCCUGGUAGACCUGGUGGAGGACGACCACUUUGGUCUGAUCACCUUCGACUACACUGUGUCUGCCUGGAAGAAGGAGCUGCUGCCGGCCAACCAGGAAAACCUGGAGGCUGCCAAGAGCUUUGCACGACACAUUCGAGACAGAGGAGCCACCGACAUCAAUGCUGCUGUUCUGGAGGGCACAGCCAUGCUAAACCAAAACCCACGAGAGGGCUCAGCCUCCCUCCUUAUACUACUCACUGAUGGAGACCCAACCACAGGUGAGACCAACCUGGAAAAGAUCCACAAGAAUGUAAAGGAAGCCAUUGGUAAGAAAUUCCCACUCUACUGUCUCGGUUUUGGAAUGGAUGUCAACUUUGAGUUCCUGGAAAAGAUGGCACUGGAGAACAGCGGUGUGGGACGCAGAAUAUAUGAGGAUUCUGAUGCUGCUCUGCAGCUGCAGGGCUUUUAUGAAGAGGUGGCCACACCCCUAUUGACGGACGUGCAGAUGGUGUAUGUGGGUGGAGCUAACCUGACCCAGACCAACUUCAGCCAGUACUACAACGGCUCUGAGAUCGUGGUGUCUGGCCAGAUCACCGACAACAACAUAGAGACAUUCACUGCAGAGGUCAUAGCCAUAUCGAAGAGCAAUAGGGUGAUGUACUCUGAGACAAUAUCAACGGACGAGCCCAUUGAAGCCAGGCCUGAUAGCCACAUCCAGAGGCUGUGGGCCUACCUCACUGUGAAGCAGCUACUGGACAAAGAGGUGCAGUCGAGCGGGAAGGCGAAGGAGAAGGUGAAGAAAGAGGCCCUGGAUCUUUGUCUGAAGUACGGCUUUGUGACUCCUCUCACCUCCAUGGUGGUCACCAAGCCCCAGGGAGAAACCUCACAGGUGGCCCACAAGCCCAAGGAGGGAGAGAAGCCCUCAGGAUCCAGGCAAGGCUUCUCUGGGUCGGGUUUCCAGUUCAUGAGUGGAGAAGCCGGAUACCCCGCCCGUCCACCUGUUGCCUAUAAGGAGGUCCAGGGAACAACAAUGAAACUGAAGAUUCAGGACAAAGAAGUAGAAGUCUCCAGGGACUCUGCUGUGGAUCUCAGCGUUCGCUCUGCCCCCACCGUGGCAUGCUGGUUGCUGCCUCUUCAGUCUGCCCUACAGGGGGAGCUAGCUGACUUUACCGUCACACAACUCUAACUGACCAUGUAAUUGUUCCCAUCACCAACUAAUCAACACUAUACAUACAGUAAUUCUGUUCUAGAAUUAAGAAGAGAAACAAUAAAGCCGGAGGUUUCUUUAUAGAGUCCAAUGAGUUCACAUAAUAACACAGCUAAAUUCUCCUGUUACAUAUUCAUUGUUGAAUAAAUGGAUCCUUUUUUGAACAAUGACAA